AUGUUUUCAACAGGAGAUGGUGGUUUCAUUGAUUGUUCUUGGCAUGAAAUUGAAACUUAUUCAAAACAAUUAGAAAGUGAUUUUCUACGCAUAGGAAAACUUGGCGGAGGUACAUAUGGUGAUGUAUUUCAUGUUCGUCAUCGAAUAACUGGUAAAAUAUAUGCUCUUAAACAAAUUCGAGAUGAACAUGAAGCAAAUGGAGUUCCAGCAACAGCUAUGCGUGAAGCAGCAAUUCUAAAACAACUUAAUCAUCCAAAUAUAAUUAAAUUACAAGAUGUUUUUUUAACUGAUCAACGAUGUUAUUUUUUACUUGAAUAUAUGGAUGAAGAUUUAAAACGUUAUUUAGAUAGAAAUCGACCAUUAGAUCGACGAAUAAUUAAAAGUUUUAUGUAUCAAUUAUUAGAUGCUAUAUUUUAUUGUCAUAAACAUCGUAUUAUUCAUCGAGAUUUAAAACCACAUAAUAUCUUAGUUAAUCAUGAAAAUCAAAUCAAAUUAUGUGAUUUUGGUCUUGCUCGUGCUUUUGCUGUUCCAAUGAAAAUUUAUACACAUGAAAUUGUUACAUUAUGGUAUCGAGCACCUGAAAUUUUACUUGGAUCAUUAUUAUAUGGAACACCUGUUGACAUGUGGUCAAUAGGUUGUAUAUUUGGUGAAAUGUAUCAAGGUUGGCCUUUAUUUCGUGGUGAUUCUGAAAUAGAUCAAAUAUUUCAAAUAUUUAAAAUAUUGGGUACACCAAGUGAAGAUGAUUGGCCAAAUAUAUUUUUAUUACCACAAUUUAAAUCAUCUUUUCCAAAAUUUAAAACUCAAAAAAAUCAACUAAGACAAAUUGUAGAUAAUGAUGAAGUAGCCUAUGAUUUAUUUAAACGAUUAUUAAUUUAUGAUCCAACGAUACGUAUAGCUGCUCGAUAUGCUUUACGACAUAGUUAUUUUGCUGGUUAUGAUCCUAAAAAAUCAUUAUCAGCGAUAACAAAUACAAAAGCGAAUCAACAUCCAUAUGAUGAAAAUAAUAAUCUUAUUUAA